AUGGCCGAUCCAUACCAAUGGCGCGAAUCCGUCCUGUCCACGCGCAGUCUUUCAUAUGUCAGCAACAUGGAUGCCGCCGAAGCAAUGCUCAGGCCCUCGACCCUACGCAAGAACACCCUCAGCUCAAUAACCUCUUCCUACGCCGAUGAAGACUUCCAGGAUGCCCUGACUCAAGUCCCCUCAGCCGAUGCCCUCCCACCUUCCGUAUCCUCAUCCCCUCUGUUCCGACUCCCACGCGACCUACGUCUACAAGUCUACUCCCAUCUCCUCACCAGUCCUCAACCCAUCCACUGGCCCAUAGAACACCAAUCCCACUCUCUCACACCACAACUCCUCCGCACAUGCCGCCCCAUCUACGAAGAAGCCGCCCGCGUGCUCUACCAAACAAACACUCCCACCUUCGCCCACCCUAGCGACGCGAACAUGUUCGCUCACGCUUUGAGUAAUCGCUCCUUCGCAUGUCUGAUCCCACACAUCACCCUCCGCAUCCGCAGCAACGAUACACGUCUCUGGACUGGUUGGUUCAACACAAACGCUGCAGAAAGAAGUCUAGUCCGCGACUUGCCAGGAUUGCGACGCUUGACCAUUCGCUAUAGAGGUCCUAGAUGGCAGCCGAGUUUGAAUGAAAAGGCGAAUGCGGAUUUGUGGUUGAAGGAUCCGAAGUUGCAGGAGAUUAUUCUGUCCGUGAGGAAGUGUGUUGCCGAGGUUAGGUUGUUGCUGUGUGUGAGGUUGCCUGAGGAGGUAAUCGAGGUCAUUACGAGGGGUGUGGCUGCACAGAGUGACAGGGCAGAGGAAGGCGAAGAGAGGAUGCCGCAUGUCAUGUUCAGGAGGUGGGUUUGGCUGAAUGGUUGUCAUAUCCGUGUCGAACCUCUCGGCAAAGAUGAUGAUAUCUGA